CUUCUUUCAGCAAUUGAAUUUGGAGCUGUCAAAUUUUGUGUUUGGAAUGCCUUUUUAGAAGAGGAGACAUUUCUGGGGUGGUGGCACUGUUUCAUUUUUAUAUACGGAGUACUCGUUUUCUUUAUUUUUCCUUUUCCAAGUGAGAUUGUAAUCACUACUGCUAUUAUUUUUACCACUAUUUCAACUUGAUUCCAGCUUUGCUUGUUGCAUAGUGCAAACUUCUCUUUUUCAUGUAUGUGAUCUGCAAUCACUGAGCUCUUCGUACCCCCUUCCCUCUGUGGGAUUUUCAGCUCAUAUUUUCAACUGGUUUUCUCCAAUUCUCCGAUUUUUUGUUGUGGGUUUGAAUUUGAUAGGGGAAAAAUCGUUUCUUGGAGGUAGGAGGAAUAUUCUGGUAAUCUUUUGUGGUGUUUGGCUCGAGCUGCUUUUUGAGCUUCUUUUGUCCCCAAAUUCUAAUUCUUUUGGGGGAUUUUAGAACAAGGAAGAUAUUGUUAAUUGGAGAUUUGGGUUUCUUCAAAAGUGGUCUUUGACUUAAUUUCUGAGAUGCGUAUGAGUUGUUUGCGGUGAUUCUGUGGGAUUUGGAUGAUUUUGGAGUAGUGUUCAAGGGGGAGUUGGGAAAUUUGGGAAAUCUUGGAAGCUUUUGAUGAUUUUUGCUUCUGUGGAAGAUGGGAUUAGCUGAUGAUAGCAUAAAGGUUGAAUCUUUGGGUGUUGAGAACUCAAAGGGAAGGAAGAAGGGAGGUGAUGAUGCUGUGAAGGAGACUGGCUGUUGGAUUAAACUGAGGUUUAUUGGCAGCUGUAUUUCUUCAAGAUCUAAAGUUGAUAACUCUCUUAGUGGCAUCAGCACUCAUGAAAGUAAAUCUACGAAUGGGACAAGUGUAGAUAAGCCGGUUGCCCCGGUAAUCCCAUCCACCACCACUAGCAAUGCCGAGAGCAAUUCUUCAAGCAGCAAACUCGAAGAAGAACUCAAAGUUUCUUCCCGGCUGCGUAAGUUCACGUUUAUUGACCUUAAAAUGGCAACUAGGAAUUUCAGACCAGAAUCUCUCCUUGGCGAGGGGGGCUUUGGUUGUGUAUUUAAGGGGUGGAUCGAAGAGAAUGGCACAGCUCCAGUUAAACCUGGGACGGGACUAACAGUUGCUGUCAAAACCCUGAAUCACGACGGACUUCAGGGUCACAAAGAAUGGCUGGCUGAAGUGAACUUUUUAGGCGAUCUCAUACAUCCUAAUUUGGUUAAACUAAUAGGCUACUGUAUUGAAGAUGAUCAGAGGCUACUUGUCUACGAGUUCAUGCCCAGAGGAAGCUUGGAGAACCACCUAUUCAGAAGGUCGCUGCCACUUCCGUGGUCUAUCAGAAUGAAAAUAGCUCUAGGAGCUGCUAAGGGGCUCGCUUUUCUCCACGAGGAGGCAGAAAGACCUGUGAUAUAUCGCGAUUUCAAGACAUCUAACAUCUUGCUAGAUGCUGAAUACAACUCCAAACUCUCCGAUUUUGGACUUGCUAAAGAUGCUCCCGACGAAGGAAAAACUCACGUGUCUACACGUGUGAUGGGAACUUACGGUUAUGCAGCCCCUGAAUACGUAAUGACAGGGCAUCUUACGUCAAAAAGCGACGUAUAUAGCUUCGGUGUCGUCCUACUUGAAGUGGUCACAGGUCGGAGAUCAAUGGACAAGAACCGGCCGAACGGGGAGCAUAACCUCGUGGAAUGGGCUCGUCCGCAUCUAGGUGACCGGAAACGCUUCUACCGUUUGAUAGAUCCCCGCCUCGAAGGCCACUUCUCCAUCAAAGGCGCCCAAAAGGCCGCCCAGCUCGCGGCCCGUUGCCUAAGCCGUGACCCCAAAGCCCGGCCUCUGAUGAGCGAGGUCGUCGACGCCUUGAAGCCUCUCCCGAACCUCAAGGAUAUGGCGAGCUCGUCGUACUACUUCCAGACGAUGCAGGCCGACCGGGUCAGCGCCAGCCCAAACGGAAAGAACGGGCUGAGAACGCACGGGUCGUUCUCAAGAAAUGGGCAGCAGCAGCACCCGAGAAGCCUCUCGACAGCGAACGGGUCCCACGCCUCACCGUACCACCAGUUUGCUCAUAACUCGCCGAAACCAAACGGUAAACAAUAGCUAGUUUGUGUUGUUGAUGGGGAAAAGAAAAAGGAAUUUGUGUUGUUGAUGGGGAAAAGAAAAAGGAAUUUGUGUUGUGGUAAGAAGAAAAACGAGAUUUUUAGUGUUGUAGAUAGUGUCUCUUGCAAGUUGGGGCUUCAACCAUUCCUCGCCCUUCAAUUCAUACACUACCAAAUGUUUUUGAUUGAUUUUCUAAUUCAUUUUUCCAUCUCAUUCUUUGUUGGAUUGGGAUGAUUUCUUGUCAAAA